AUCCACCACAAGCAUUGUACCUCGGUGAAUAAGUGAAAAUAACAAGUACCUCUACCGUAUCCUGCUUCCUAACAUCUCCUUACACCUUAGACAGCUAGGAAAUUAUCGUCACUUUGUUCGAUUUCAUAUUAGAGGCCAUUGGAAUCUACUAGGUUAGUUAGACUGGCCUUGCGGAUCACGAACAGGUUGGUAUUUAUUACUACAUCUUGGAGUCUUAUUGAGGCAGUUACUAGCAUAACCGCAUAACCUCCUCGAGUUCAGCAGUCUCGCAAUGGCUUCCAUUAGCGCUCCUCAAGAUGGAGGCAGUUUCCCUUAAGCGCAGAGUCUUUCUUUUGUUAUAUUUAUCUCUCCAUUCCUUCCUCAGCCUUCCCGAACCUUGGAGGGACGCUUGUAAACAUCCUCCGGUAGGUACCUAGCUUGCACUUCUACUUCGCGAGGCUCGUCCAUUCCAACCUAAUAGUUUACUCCUCUGUCUCUCUCGACCUGAGGGACGAUAUCAGUAACUUUCAUUAUUUUUUUUCUUUUCCCCCAACAUGCCUAUCGUGUCACCAGACCGAUUUGUACCAUCGUAUUAUCCCCUUCAAGAUCGUUUUAGAGCCACCAAGCAGGUUAACGAACUCUCGCCGUUAGAACGGCUUCAUCGUACGGAGAACGCUGCUUCCGAUGUUUUCUGCUUCACGCCGAAGCGGUCUUCGCCCCUCUCCGCUCGACAGGCUUCUCGUUCUGAUGAUAGCCAGCGGCGUCUCGGUACUGUUCUAGGCUUACACAACCUGGAGCAACGACAAGUCAGCAAUGGUACCGUCUGGUCCGUCGGCGGCUUAGCCCCCGGAGGCGUUAAUGACGGUCGUGGGCGGAGAAUCAGCUCUGGCACAAAUGCUCGUCUAUAUACCACUACAUUUUCGAAUUCGCAGCCCAAAUCCGAAGACGAGCAAGAGAAGCAUGAAGGGAGAAUCGCCCUAGCGCUGAAGAUAGACCGAAUCCAGCGGAUUUUAGAUUUUGACGGGUAUUCUACUUUUCCUCGCUGUAAACGCAAAGGGAGACCCCCAUUGCGAGAGGCCAAGACAACAUGGACAGGAAGCGAGUGGAGCAACGACGGUUACGUUCCUAAGAUACAGAGAGGAGGGCGGUGUCUCCCUAAUGCUCCUUUCAAGGUCCUUGAUGCUCCGGGAUUACGUGACGAUUUCUACUGCUCGGUUAUGGCAUAUUCUCACACUUGUAACACGUUGGCGGUUGGGUUGGGCAAUCUGCUCUAUGGGUGGUCAGAAGCUUCAGGCGUCACACUUCUGAAUGCGGGGCUUAAGGAUGGUUCGUGGCUAACUUCGGUGGGGUUCUCAUCUGAGAAGGGCGGCAAGUCAAUACUAGCUUUCGGCCGUUCAAGCGGACUACUCUCCUUAGUAUCACUUUUUGACAGUCUACUUCCCCGUUUCGAGACGUAUCAUCCCGCACCCAUAGCCUGCCUUUCCUGGCGCCCCACCUCCACCACGCGAGCUUCUCGAAACAAGCGUAAUCCUGGUGUUCCAGUUAACACGGAAGAUCUCCUUGUGGGCGACGACCUGGGUGACGUAUAUUAUUACGCAGUAGAAUGGCCCGAGCCCUAGGAAGUGGCCCGGGAAAACUGGCGCGGUACGAUGACCUUACUUGCCCGUAUCAAAGUUCACUGCCAGCAAAUAUGUGGUCUCGCCUGGUCUCCUAACGGCAGACAGUUCGCUACGGGAGGAAACGAUAAUUUAUGCUGCCUCUUCACUAUAGAUGGUCUUGU